CAGCAAUAUUCUCGAGUCAUUGAACAAUGUCUCACAGCAGCAAUUCCGUACAGCAGCCAAUACAAGCUGACAGUUUUGGUUUUGCUGAAUCGCUCGACAUAAUCAGUAGUCACGUGGUGAUAGCUCCACGAGGCAUGGAGCUUCGGAGAUAAUCAACCCAGGACCCUGGGAAUCAACAUCCCCUUCCCUCAUCAAUCCUGGCUAUCCAAUUAUUGAGGUGUCCGUGUCCUCCAUGAUGCACAAUCUCAAAUAGUCUUACACGUCUCAAAUACCUUCCUUAAUCAGUGGAUAUACCUUAACAUCGAACGUCAGCUGCGUUCAUUCGGCGCAGCGGGAAUUGGUGUGGGAUACCACUGGAAGACCCUCCUCGAGUUCCCACGAUCAAUUGCUCCAAUUACACAGCUAUACCACUCUAGCUUUACUCCGCAAUUUAACCGAUUGAUACGACUAUAAUAAAUCUCCUAUAAUCAUCGCGCCAUGUCUCCUUCAACAGCACUAUCGCUCGGUUCUGCCAUUCUAGCCGUGUUCCUCUUCUGGACCUUAUCCUCGACCACCUCAUCACCAUUCGCCGGUGCAUUCCCUCGUCUCUACAACAAACGCAUAUGCCUAUUAAUCGCUCACCCCGACGAUGAAGCCAUGUUCUUCGCACCCACCGUAUUGGCCCUAACAAAGCCAGAAUACGGGAACCAUCUGAAGAUCCUCUGUCUCAGCAGUGGCGACGCCGACGGACUCGGCCACAUCCGCAAAAAGGAGCUCGUGAAAAGCGGCAUGCAACUCGGCCUACGAAACGAAUCAGACGUGUACAUCAUCGACGACCCCUCCCGCUUCCCAGAUAGCAUGUCAGCGCACUGGUCAGAAAGUGACGUAUCAGCUGUUCUCGAGACUGCCUUUGCGCCCGAAUCACUCGACAGCUCCAAAUCGCGCAAGAAAACAAACAGAUCCGGCAGUGGCAGUGGCAGUGGUAAUGGCGACGGGGCACCCACCGCGACCAUCGACGUCCUCUUGACCUUCGAUAAAGGCGGAAUCAGCAACCACCCUAACCACCGAUCUCUGUACCACGGUGCGCUUCAUUUCGUGCGGUCUUUGAUGAAGGACAAGCCCGGCUAUACCUGCCCGGUCACGUUAUAUACGCUUACCACGACGAAUCUGCUCCGCAAGUAUGCGGGGGUACUGGACGCGCCGUUCACGAUGGUUCGGGGGGCGUUGAAUUCGAUAUUUUCUGGAACUGGACGUGGUUCUAAGAGUGACUUGCCUUCGAGAUUGUUGUUCGUUAGUUCUGUGAAUGAAUGGAUGACGGCGCAGUCGGCUAUGGUCCAUGCCCAUAAAAGCCAGAUGGUGUGGUUCCGGUGGGGUUGGAUCACUAUUGGUCGGUAUAUGGCUGUGAAUGAUCUGAAGGCGGAGAAGAUUUGAUGCUUGAUGCUUGUCUAUUGAUGUGGUCGCUCUUGAGUGAUUGUUUGGAUAGGUGUCUGCAUUUGUUGUAUUAUACCCGAGUUGUAUGUAUAUGAUUCUGCUUAUUUCGUGUUGGACUGAUAUCGUCUGAGACGUGCCUGGGGGCUGAGGACUCUAAUGUAUAGCAACCAUAUCAAUGUCCGAUGCAUAAAUCGCAA